AUGUAUUAAUAAUAAUUUGCAAAACCUCCUAAACAGAUUAAGAGCAAGGCAUUUAAAGACAGACUCAAAGGACACAAAGAUGCCAUCAUUACAUUGAUUAGUCCAUAUGGAAAUAAUGGCAAUUACCUUUACUCUGCAUCCAGAGAUGGAAAUGUUAAAAGUUGGGAUCUAUUGAAUAGAUAAAUUGCAUCCAAAUUUCUGAUAUCCAAAAUCUCGGAUGACACUACAGUAUAAGAUUAAGAUGAAAAUCAAUAAAGCAUGAAGGGAAACAUCAUAUGUGCUGCAACAUUUUCUGAAUUCAACAUUUAUGUUGGAUAUGACGAUGGUUUCAUCAAAUCCAAUAACAUAAAAACUGGAGAGCCAGUCUAUGCCUAUCAAGGACAUAAGGCUUAGAUUACAUCAAUUCAUUUCCUAAAUAUCAGAUAACUGGCAUCCAGUUCGUUAGAUGGUACUGUGAGACUCUGGGAUACCACUAGCAAUGAAUGCGAAGUUAUAUUCAAUAUAGGAUAUCCAAUCAAUAUGAUGAAUGUGGUCUUCGAUAAGGAAAUUAAUUUAUUAUAUGGCAAAAACACCAUCGUCUAAGUAGAUCCUUACAAAUAAUCCAUUGUUAGAAGUGUUCAAUUCCCUAAUUUUACUAUCAUGUCAUAUUUAGUACAUAAGAAUCUUUUGAUUCUUGGCACCAUUGAUAAUUUUAUACACAUCUAUGAACUCUCAUAAUUAGAUUAGCCUAAUCCACAACCUAUUAAAGUAAUUGUAGGUUUACAUGGAUGGGCUUUAUGCAUGCUUGUUCAUGAUCCAUAUUUGUAUGUAGGAACAGAUGAUAAAAAAAUCAGGGUUUAUGAAAUGAAAAACUGGGAAAUGAAAGAGGACUUCUCAGGACACAUUGAUGGAGUAACAACUUUGGCACUUGCUAAUGGACUCCUUUAUUCUGGUUCAUAUGAUCAUCUAAUCAGAUCUUGGGAUCUUGAAGAAAUGUACUAAAGGAUUAGGGAAAGAGCCAUUAUGGAGAAGGAGGAUUUAAAUAGUAGAAGAUAUGAUGUUUAUUUAAAGAGUCUGCCGAAAAAGAAGAAAGGAAUGGCAAAGAAAAAAAAGUGA